AUGGAAGCCGCUCGCAAGCUCGCUCAGUUGAUGGCUGCCAAAAACUUUGAUCUGGUCUACGGAGGUGGCACAGUCGGACUCAUGGGCGAGUUGGCCAAGACCCUUGUGUCCAUUUCCGGACCGGAAGCAGUCCAUGGCAUCAUCCCCGAGCCCCUGGUCAAGUUUGAGCGCGACGAUAGCUACCGCAGCAUGUGUGCCGAGAAUAAGAUGCCCAUCCCGGACAAGAUGACAUAUGGCCGCACCACAGUUGUGAAAGAUAUGCAUACCCGGUAA